UCGAGCAAGAAGCUACACUAGAUCUUAAUUGUGUUACAUGGAGCAUUUUUCCAAAAAAUAAAAAUAUAAAAGUUAUUUCGAUUUGGGAACGAAAUCGCUGCAGUGCAUUUGAAACACACUCUGUGACAAAAAAUACAUUUUAAAUUUCCUCGGAUGGAUGCUAGUAAUGACAUAAAAUAGUAACUGUGAUAUACAAGUUCUCAAUAAUUUUUUCCAAAAAUAUAAUUAACAAACUAUUUUAUUAAAAUAACAAUAAAAUAUAUUAAAAAAUAAUAAUUAAUUGUAAAUAAACUUAAAAAAUAAAAAUAAAAAUGAAAACGUAUAUUACGCAUAAAUUAAAGGCACAGCAGACGCCAUGCAGUGCAUGGACAGUUGCCAUUAUCACAGUAUUUUGCAUGACAGUCCCAACGGCGAUAGCGAAUGAUAAUUUACGGGUUGCUUAUGAAUGGAAAGAAGUUGAUUUUAAAUAUACUAACGCAGAUGCACGCUGGACCGCAAUUGAGAAUCGCGAAUUCAAGCCAAAUAAUGUUGUACCAUUCGGUUUAGAGGUGUAUCGCAAUAGACUAUUUGUGACAUUGCCACGUUGGAAGGAUGGAGUGCCCGCUUCUUUGGCAUAUAUUGAUUUAAAUGAUAGUUCAAAUAAAUCACCAUCACUGAUACCUUUUCCAAGUUGGGAAGCGCAUAGUUUGAACGAAACAGAACCAGAAAUAGUUUCACCGUAUCGCAUUAGAGCAGAUCGCUGUGGACGUCUUUGGGUAUUAGAUACACGUAUUUCAGGAGUAUUAGAGCGUACCAAAAUCUAUGGUCCAGCACAAUUGCUCAUUUACGAUCUACAUAAUGAUAAUUUGUUACGUCGUUAUGUCUUUCCAACUGAUCAGGUAAAGCAAGGUUCUUUCUUUGCUAAUUUAGCUGUUGAGGAUGGUGAUUGCGAUAAUACAUAUGCUUAUGCUGGUGAUCUUGGAAAUCCAGGAUUAGUUGUUUAUUCAUGGCAACAGCAAGAAUCAUGGCGUGUACAUCAUAACUAUUUUCAUCCAGAUCCAUUAGCUGGUAAUUAUAGUAUUGAUGGAAUUGUAUUUCAAUGGGAUGAUGGUCUUUACGGGUUAGCAUUGUCAAAGCCCCAAGCUGAUGGCACCGCUACUUUAUAUUUUCAUCCUUUGAGCUCUACAAUGGAAUUUUCAGUUAACACUACCUUGUUACGAAAUAAAACAAUUGCUACUUCAGGCAAUAUAUAUCAUGAUUUCAAGCGUCUUGGGUCACGUGGACCUAAUGCACAAGCUGGUGCUUCGUUUUUAGAUCAACUGACAGGUGUGUUAUUCUAUGCGUUACCAAAUUUAAAUGCAGUCGCCUGCUGGAAGACAUCAAAUCGUGAUUAUACCAUUAAAUCACAAGGACGUGUAUAUAUGAGUCCAACAGAAAUGGUUUUCCCAAGUGACGUUAAAGUUGAUGAUCAAGAUCGUCUCUGGGUACUUUCAAAUCGAUUACAAGAAUUUAUUUAUGCUGAUCUUUAUCCUGCAGUUAUUAACUUCCGCAUUCUAACGGCGCAUGUAAAGGAUGCCAUUGAAAAUACUGCUUGCGAUAUUAAGACGAAACCAUUACCAGAGAUUAUAACCAAAUUAGGUGACAUAUUAAACACUGUCACGAAUCCAACAACAAAAGCGCCUAAUUCGAGUGGAAAUUUGUUGAAAUUCCAACUCUCAUGGUAUAUUGCAGCGCUUCUAAGUUGCAUUCUGUUCCGAUUAUUGCAACGCUAGAUCCUAACACUUAUAUGUGAGCCAUUUUAUUUGUGAAUUUUUUUAUUUGUAAGUUUAACCUUAAUAUAUUGUAUGUAUUCUAGUUAUAAGCCAUUGAACAUGUAAUUAUUUUAAUUAUUUUAAGUUUAUUUAAGCUCAAAAUCGAAUUAAUAUUAAAUUAUAAAAGUAAUAAUGUAAAAAUAUUCAACUAUUUUAAUAAAGCAUUGCCUCAUUAUGUAUCAGUA